AUGAGUGGUGGUGGUGGGAGGGUGGUGGGAGGAUCCAUGGAAAAUCCAAGCAACCGUCAACACGAGGCCGCAAUAAUAAGGUUACAGAGAGCGUACAAAAGUUUCCGCACCAUAAGAAAACUAGCUGAUUGUGCUGUUCUUGUCGGUGAAAAGUGGUGGGAGUCUCCAAAGGUUGCAAAAGGUUUGUCGACAAAGGGUUAUAAAGCCCGAAACAUGGUCUCGCUGCACUGGCUUGAGGUGAUUGAUCCGCGGCAUCGACAUGGACACAAUCUACACUUCUAUUACGAGAAAUGGCUUCAGUGUCAUAGUAAAGAACACUUCUUUUCCUGGUUGGAUUUAGGAGACGGCAAAAAAAUAAAUCUUGAUGAAUGCCCUCGAUUAAUACUUCAACAGCGGCGCGUCAACUAUCUUGGUCCAAUGGAAAGGAAACUCUAUGAAGUCAAUAUCAAGGAUGGGAAGUUUCUAUACAAGCAAACAGGGGAGUUACUGCACACAAGUAAAGAUGCAAAAUGGAUUUAUGUCCUCAGCCCAUCUGAGAUGUUGUAUGCUGGCAAGAAAAGAAAGGGUACCUUCCACCAUUCAAGCUUCUUGGCAGGAGGAGCCACUAUUGCUGCUGGGGGAUUAGUUGUUGAAAAUGGCAUACUUAAGGAAGUUUCCCGUCAAAGUGGUCAUUAUCGCCCCACAGAAGAGAAUUUAGGGGACUUCAUUUCAUUUCUCAAAGAGAAUAAUGUGGAUCUCACAUAUGUUCAGACGAAUACGAUAGAUUAUGAGAAUUUGCGGGACUCACGAUUUCACAUGCAUGAGCUUGGAAGACUCCCAAAACAUGGUCUUGCUGGAGGUGCUGUUAGUUGA